UCAAGUUAAUCGUGAUUUUUUUAAUGUUUUUGUAAUAAUGUAAGUAAAUUUCGAUGAAUUGAUUCAAUUGUAGAGCAUUGAAGAUUCUAGAAAUUCCUAAAAGCCUUCAGUAAAUUUAAUUUUCAAACGCCUACUAAAGACCACGCCUUAUCGCAUGUUCAUCAACAUUUAAAUUUGGAAUUGUUGAUCUUGAUAUGAGCAUGACAUGAUCGGCUAAACUUGUAGGCAGAUUCUCUUCCACCUGAAACCACUUGCUGUUUGUGUGCUUUUUCCAACCAUAGUUAAUGGUAACGUAACCAGCCUGUUUGCCUAAAUAAAUCCUGUAAACCCUUAUUUUAGAUAUUGCAUUUCUGUCCUAACCCAUAACGUAACAAUGAGGAAUACUUUAUGCUGAUGAAUUAAAAUGUGCAGUACCAUACCAGCAAUUAUGAAGGAUCAAAAGAGUUUUGAAGUUAUUGUGCAAGAUUGUGCUGCAGAGAAAAAAGAAGUGGUAGAUAAGCUCUUUCAGAGGUCUGAAGCUCGUCUUGCCGAGUUAGAGAGAAAGAAAUGCGAGAAGGACACAAGAACUUCAGUUUAUGAGCAAACAGAUUAUUUUAAUGCAACUUUCAUUCAGCAAAAGCAGGUGAUUGAAAGAAAACUUUCAGAAGCCCACAAACUUAAUAAAAGCAAUCUAGCCUUGUAUUUUGAUGAAAUUGUAAAAGAUUUCCAAGAUCUUCAAAAAUGUCUUUCCGAUUCCACAUUAUUUUUGCCAACGUAUGAUAUCAAAAAGGCUCAAGAAAAUUUAAAAUCUUUGCAAGAUGAAAUUCAGUCUGUUCAGAAUAAAUUGCUUCCCAAGAAAAAAUUUGCUUUUAAAAAUAAGAAAAAAAUGCAGAAUGGGAUUAAAAUUUUAGAAAAUGUUGAUAAAAAUAAUUUUAGUGAUACCAACGAUUCAUUUUCAAUGGUAAAGCUCUGCGAGUGUGGAUUCAAGAACCUAGCAGAUCAAAAAUUAAUUAAAUUUCGUCCUGAAAUUGAGAAACAAGAUGUUGGAUUACAUCAGUUGCAAAAUUGUUCCGUUCACUUAUAUGGUGCACCUAGCACUGUAUUUAUUAGUGGUUUAAGUAAUUGUCAGAUAUUUGCUGGGCCGGUCUCAACAUCUGUGUUUAUAGAAAAUUGUAGGCAUUGUACUUUUAUUUUUGCUUGUCAGCAACUAAGGGUGCAUAGUUGCUCAGACUGUGCUUUUUAUUUGCAUGUUACUAGUAGAACUAUUAUAGAAGAUUCUAAAGAUUUAGUAUUUGCACCUUAUAAUUGGAAAUAUGAUGGUCAAGAUGAUGAUUUUAUUGUUGCUGGCAUCGAUAAAGAAAACAACAACUGGAAUUCAAUUGAUGAUUUUAAUUGGUUAGUUAUAGGUACACCUUCUCCUAAUUGGUCUUUUCUAGAUGAAGAAAAAAGAAGGUCAUGGAGUUGAUUAACUGUAUUUAGGUAGUGAGAUAUAUUAUAAAAAUGUGAUAUUUUUUAUUUUUUGAUUAUUGUAAUUGUUUGAAAUUUUGCUCAUUAACUGCUAACAAGUCUUUUGUGUAUAUAUACUUACAUAAAGUAGAACAUUCUUCAUCAUAGCUUAAUAACAUGGGUAUUUACUGAGUCUGGGAAAAAUUAUGUGUAUUAUAUUUAUAUAUCAGGGGCUGAAAUUCAGAAUGGAAUGGCAAAAUUCCUCACAUUGGUUUUUGGUCUCUUUGAAAACAAAGCAGGGGGGAGCCACUACCCAUGGCAGAUUUGAGGAUUUCCAUUAAAACAUCAUAAAUCUGCUUCUGUUUGACUUAUGUUGCAAUUAAAAAAA